GCCAAGGCCCGGCAGAUGCUGUGCGGAAAAAUUAAAAAUAAACUUACAGUGUGGGUCAACACGUUACAAACCACUGACCAAAUAGCAGCGUCAUUGCCCCGCUACCAUCAUUCGCCGGCAGCAUUGCAACCGUUAACCAGGCUACUUACUACCAAGAAGCUGUGUCCCGGGCUCACUGGACAACCUCGGGAUAAGAUUUGUUGAUCAUCUCCCAGCCGUACAAAGGAAGAAGUCUUCUUCAAGUCAACGGAUCUCGAUAAUCCCCCACCGAGCCACGAUGGAGGCGCGGGACACGGGGGCGGCCUUGACAAACGCGUACCGGGGUCUGGCCGCGGGGGGCUGCUCCCUGCAACCCGUGCAGGAGCACUUCCCGGGGAGCGAGGCGAGAAGCUUCCUGCUGCAGCACAAGUCCAAGACCUGGGAUGAGCCAGACACGAUCAACCCCGAGGCCUCCUCCGCAUCCCUGUGUCUACCCUCCUCGUCACUGUCCACCACGUCUUUCCACCGGGUUGUCAUCACGGGAGACAGCGCUGCGGAUGUUACCUGGGUGAGGCCAGCCGAGCUGCAGGACAUUGCGGCCAAGCUGAUGGCAGCCAUGCGAGCGCGGCAGGAGCGCAUGGCGGCCUCACUGCAGCGUUUCCCACGCACCGCCACGCGCUUCCUGCGGCCGCCGGGAGACAAAGUGGACGGCUGUGGCACGGAAGACGGCCUGCCCAACGGUUACCCAGCUUUCGCGACGGUGGACGUGACGGCGGUUGAGGCCGCCGAUGCGGCCACGCCGUCCCCAGUGACCCCGGCCGCGCUGACCCUACCGAGCCGCGUGGCCAUGGUGCGCGGCGUGGCCGUCCUCUACGCCGAUGAGAAGGCCCAGGAGGACGGCCAAGCCUGGGCCCUGCCCUGCGACGCGACCAUCGGCCUGUCCUCCCACCUCAGCGACCUGGGGGUGCUGCUCGGUCUUGUGCAGGAUGGGCCCCUCAAGACAUUCUGCCAGCGACGCCUCAAGCUCCUGGCCGCCAAGUUUCAGGUUCAUCAGAUGACGAACGAGUUGGCCGAGAUGAUCCAGCUCAAGGUGGACGGCUGCCGCGACUUUGAGAACGUGGUGAAGGUGGACACGCACAUCCACGCGGCGGCGUGCAUGACAGCGCGGGAGCUGCUGCAGAUGAUGCGGAGCGCGCGCGAGGAGGGCGUCCCCGUGUCACGCGGUCCCGACGGCCGCGAGCUCACGCUGGCCGAGCUCUUUGCGCAGCUGCACCUGCGCAGCGACUCCAUCGACCUGGACAACCUGGACGUGCACGUGGACCGCGACACGUUCCAGCGAUUCGACCGCUUCAACGACAAGUACAACCCACUGGGCUCCAGCGAGCUGCGCAACGUCUUCCUCAAGACCAACAACCACAUGAGCGGAAAAUACUUUGCGAUGCUCGUGAAGAAUGUGGGCCGGCGUCUGGAGGCGAGCCGCUACCAGUACGCGGAGCCACGCAUGUCGGUGUACGGCCGCUCGCGGGGGGACUGGGAGAAGCUGGCCGGCUGGUUCGAGCAGCACCAGGUGUACUCGCCCCACCUGCGCUGGGUCAUCCAGGUUCCGCGCAUCUAUCAUAUUUUCCGCACGAGGAACAUCAUCCCGAGUUUCGGGGCGAUGCUGGAGAACAUCUUUCUGCCGUUGUUCGAGGUGACCCUCAACCCGGACUCCAACCCGACCCUGCAUAACUUCCUCCAGCACGUGACGGGGUUCGACUCGGUGAGCGACGAGUCGUUGGCCGAGGGGCUGUUCCUGCCGGACAGCCCGGCCCCCGAGGAGUGGACGAGUGCCGAGAACCCCCCGUACUCCUACUACGUCUACUACAUGUUCGCCAACGUGGCCAUGCUCAACCAGCUGCGCAGACUGUGCAACAUGAACACGUUUGUGUUCCGGCCGCACUGUGGAGAGGCUGGCUCUGUCGCACAUUUGGCCGACUCCUUCCUCACCUCCGACAACAUCUCGCACGGCAUCAACCUCAGCAAGAGUCCCGUGCUGCAGUACCUGUACUACCUGUGCCAGAUUCCCAUCGCCAUGUCGCCCAUCAGCAACAACAGCCUCUUCCUCGAGUACUCACGUAACCCUUUCCUCGACUUCUACCACAAGGGCCUCACGGUCUCCCUGUCCUCGGAUGACCCCCUACAGUUCCACUUCACGCAGGAGGCGCUGGUGGAGGAGUACGCGACGGCGGCGCACUUCUGGAAGCUGAGCACGUGCGACCUGUGCGAGAUCGCCAGCAACAGCGUGCGGCAGAGCGGCCUCUUCCCACAUGGUAACCGCAGCGGCGCACGGCACGGCAGCCCCGCACACAGCGGCGCACGGCAGCCCAGCGCACUGCAGCACGUGGCACGGCAGCCUAGCGCACUGCAGCACGUGGCACGGCAGCCCCGCACAUAGCAACACGUGGCACGGCAGCCCCGCACACAGCAACACGUGGCACGGCAGCCCCGCACACAGCAACACGUGGCACAGCAGCUCAGCGCACAACAACACGUGGCACGGCAGCCCCGCACACAGCAACACGCGGCACGGCAGCCCCGCACACAGCAACACGUGGCACGGCAGCCCCGCACACAGCAGCACGUGGCACGGCAGCUCAGCAAAUGGCAGCACGUGGCACAGCAGUCCUCCACACACAACAGCACAUUCAGCACAAUCCAAGAAAAAUGUGUUUGGAAUGGAUCCGAAAAUUUGAUGUCGCAGGAAGGGCUUUUGGGCCUUUGGGGCCUCUGCUCAGCGACCGUGAUAUACUGUACUGUACACGUAAAGACAUCUGCUGUUGACUCCGUGCAGGAAAAGCGCGAGUUCCUGGGCGACAAGUACCUGGAGGAGGGGCCCGAAGGGAACGACGCCACCAAGAGCAACGUGGCACCCAUCCGCGUGGCGUUCCGCCACGAGACGCUGUGCCAGGAGCUGGAGCUGCUGACCAAGGCCCGACCUUCCUCACCCCCGUGAGGCCCGCUUGGGGGGGUGGGCCGUGAUCACAUUUAGCGGUGUAAGACUGCCAGCAGGGCCUCUCAUUCGCUUCCUUACAUUUCCUAAACGAGCGCCCAGACAUGUCUACGAUUGCCACAAGGUAUUUGUGGAGGUAAAUGAGAUAUGGGAAGGACUGUAGUGAUUCUGCCUUAUUAUCAAUGAAACAAGAUGUGCAACUUUAAUAAUUCAAUUUAAUUUAGCUUAAUUCGUGCAAAUUACUUCUCUAAACACUGAACAUUGCGAACCACAUUGAACAUCAAAACUGGUACGACACACCGCAGAGAUGCAACACGGAGGUGAACACAACAUUAACGAGAGAGAGGACACCAGAGACACAACACGGACACGAUACAGGGUACGGAGGUGAACACAACACGAACCACAUGGGGUGACAGGAAACAGUCAAGCUCCCGACAUCAGAAAAAGUCCAUAGAAUAAUAAGGACGAUAAUAAUUUAAUUUUAUACAGCGUAAUGCUUAUUACAGGAAUUGUAUGUACUUACAUAACUAAUGUAACAUUGUUUUAACGCUUUGUGAUUUGAAUAACAAUACUUUCUAACGAUAAAUACAUUGCAUUGAACUCGUACACUUAAGUCUAACAACCUAUCGUAACAAAGAUGUCUCCAUCUAUGGGGACAAGGUAGCGUGGGCCAGGAUUAAAUACCUAGCACUUGGCAAAAUAAAUCCAAGCUAAAGUCAGAAAUAUACACGCGGUGUCUACUUCAUGUGGGUACCCUUGUCUCCGAAGCACUGAACUAUGGGUAUUUGCCAUCCACUCUUGAUAAUACCUGGCACCAAGAUGUUCAUGCAGCUAAGGAAAGCGUCAGCAAAAAUAUUGUUGCACUGAACUAUGACGCAAUUGAUCACAGUCAUAUCAAUGCGUAUGUUGGGCAUCAUCAUAGCUGAAAUUUGUGCCCGAUUUGGGCCUUACCUAUGUUGUUUGCCAGUGUCACUGCUCUUCAAAUGUGACAAAUUUAGCAAAAAAUACCCACAAAUCGGCAUUGUCCCCUAUUGCGAACCGCCUGUGGAACGUAGCACCUUCUUUCGUGAUAGCCUGGCGCGAUAAAAUGGCGCAAAUACAAACUCAUUUUUGUUUACCGAGCCUUUAGGCUCACAUGGUGGAGUGUGUGAGCAUCAGCAUUGCUGGUUCUGGCGCCGACACCACACGUGCCUUGCCCACCUAAAUAAUUAGUCCUAAGUGAGUUCACUCACUCUCCCAAACCUUCACUUCACAUGAACAGCAACUCCCUCUCAUAAAUGGCACUUAGGUCUACCCAGAUUAUCUCUGCAUUGCGUAUCCUGGACAAGGUUUAGAAUAAUACGUCUUCCAGUUUAAUAAUUCGUUUACCGUACAUAUGUGUUAGGCUAACAACGCUCAGCGCUUGCAAAACAUAUAUUGAGACUGUUGAAUAAUACACAAAUAAAGUGUAGCUUGUG